CUCGCGGGAGAGACAGUCUCGGUGGUGGUGGCUGGGUGCGCGUCGCCCGGCGAGCGGCCUUCCUUCCUUCGCGAGAGGAUCGAAAAGACAUCCCCCAGCGGGUAUACCUGAGCAGGUUCGUCCGUAGAAUGUUCGCACCAUGAGACUGAACGCGCUUCGCGAAGCUAGUCGUCGACGAGGAACCUGCCAUCUCGGUGAUUCGCGUUAGCACGAUGUGCGAGGUGUCGAAGGGCCAGCGGAGGACAUUCCGCGAUCAGGAUCCCCCGCGAAUAUGCAACAAGAGCACAGAGAACCUGCUGCGGGACGAGUUGGAGUUCUCGCGCUCGACCCCGAGCUCGCCGACGACCCUCCAGCGCGCCGCCAGCCUCGAGAAGUGUUUCAGCGAGCCGGAGUUCUUCCAGAAGCAGCGCGAGCUGCUCUCGAAGCACGAGCAGCGGACGAAGGAGAGGAGCGACGAGGACAGCGUCUCCUCUAGUCCCGCACGUGGCGCGCGCGACGAUCUCGGGGAGUGCGGAGGUACGACAGCUGUCGCCAGGAGCAUCGAGGACCUCCUGAGGGAACUCUCUGUCAAAGUGCCUUCUCCUUGCAAAAAUAUGAACGAGGUGAUCACUAACGGUCUGAAGUGCGACUUGGGCGACGGCGACGCUUUGACAAACGGAAGGAAAAUGGCACCGGUCUUGGGCGUACCGCCUCCGCCACCGCCGGCUCCUCACAUGGGACCAGACGGCUUGAUUUUGCCGAAGAAACCGUAUAACCCUUGCCUUACCUCUACUAAUCAUAAGGAUCUCCAUCGGGAGUUACUCUUCAAUCAGAAAAUUGGCAGAAACGUCUUGAACCAGAAGAGCGAGCUGCAACGCGCCCUGGAGAGGCAGAGGGAGGCCGCGUCGAGGCGAGAGGCCGAGAGGAACCGGGAGGAGAGCUACAAGGACGACCCCAGGACAGCCUUGCAAAGGGCGAUCGAGCAGAGAGCGAGACACAUUCAAAUAACGCAAGAACAACAGUCGAGGAUGGAGCCGCCGAGCAACCUCCUGAUAACGGCGAGAGCGAAGCUGAGACCUCGCACCGAAUCCCAGUGAAGUUCCGGCGCGGAGGGGCGGGGGAGAAGAAAUCUAGAUCGCUGCGAACCGCGCCCCACUCUCGAGCUGGAUCGAGUGAAUUCCACACACUCGGCGCCUUAUCGCUCGCGAGCGUGUGUGUGUAUAUAUACAUGCAUAAUCCAACCCGAUAAGAUUCUGAUUAACAAUCCGCGGUAACACUCGCGCGGUCCCUCCUUCUCUCCUUCGUUCGCCGACGGCCCUCGGCCGCGCCUUCACGAGAAUCAUUCGCGUACAUUCUCGGCCCGGCGAGUCGAAUCAUACGUUCGAAGUGCGGCUAUCAGACACGGGUUAUCGGAGACUGAGGAUCGCGGACUGACGAUUGCGGGAGCAAUCGAGAGACCGAGCUGAGUCUCGAUCGGAGUCGGUCAAUUCAUCGAAUUCUCUCAUUCCUAAUCCACAAUGCCCGGUGUCUCCAAUAUCUACCAAGUCUGAUAUGAGCUCCAGGCCUGUCUAUCAGAGGUAGGUAUCCGAAGUCGAGGGCUGUGAGUCGAAGACUGGAACUUGAGCUCAAGCGAGUUAAGGCGAGCCAAGAUCGAUUAAUAGUUAAUUCAUCGAAUUCUAAUCUCUAAUCUCCGCGACGUCCAGUCUCCGAUACCUAGUCUGACGUGAGCUUUGAGCUUGUACCAAGCUCUGGAUGUCGGAGAUCGAGGAUUGUGCGAAUUGAAUGCCGAGAUAAAAGCGAGAUCGGGAUCGGAGAGGAUCCGUCGAAUUUCCGAUCUGUAAUUCGCAAUCGUCGAUCUCCGAUACUCAGGCUAGUACACGGAGCUUCAGAGGAUCGAUUUUAGAGGCCCCGUCUCGCGCAGAACACGACGGGGGGGAGUAGAGCACGGCGCGGCGCAACAUCCGUUUCGCGAUUUGUGCGUCCGCGCGCGCUUCCGGACAAGCUCGUACGUGCCUAGGCGAAUUCUUCGCGACGACGAAUCGCUCGCUUUCUCUUCCUUUCCCUUUCGGAAGUCACACACAACCGGUGUCUUCCAUCAUCGUCAUCAUCGGACCGGGAUCCGUGCGGACGAUGUCCUACGACGAAGCCUCGUGCGAACGACCGACGGGGGUGGCGUUACGUUCGCUCUCUUCUCUCCUCGACACGGGUGAACGAAACGCGGUCGGCGGCCCCGCUGAACGAUAUGUAGAACGAUUCCGCGUAGGUACGUGCGAUUGCUUGUCGUUAACCCUUAAAUCGAAACAUGUAUAAAAUAGCCACUCGGUCAGGGAAACUCCGGUGGUGUGGUGUUCGUGAGAACUUGUAACGUAUAAGCGUGUGAGUUAUUUUCUAAAAUAUAUACAACAUGACGACGACGAUCUCGUUAGUUAAAUUCGUAGGUGUGGACAGAGCGGAUGUUAAGCGCUUUUAAGCGGUGCGUGAACUUCGAGCUGCGAAUAUCACAUGUCGGUGACGCUGAUGUUUCGGGUUAAGGGUUGGAAGCUCGUGAUUCGUCGCGGUAGUUUGACGACGUCAUCGUUGGGCCGCAAAAUGCGGCCGCGAUCGACGGAUCGGGAGCCUUGGAACGCUAUUUAUUUCGACCCGGGAGCCGUUCCCGGCCGAAGAGCUAUACGCAUACGACGCGAAUUGGCCGAGAAAUUACAGAUUAUUAUAGUUAUAUAUAUAUAUAUAUAUACAUAGAGAGAAAGAGAGAGAGAGAGAGAAACGACGCCGCCGGAAGCAAACAUAGUUCUCGCUAGAUGACAAAAGACAGAGAUAAAUCGGCAUUCCGGGACCAUGUGUUCGUUCGUACAUACUCCGUUACACGGCGUUACACGAGAAACUUCGAGAUGCUCGCACGAUGACAGCUAUUGUGAGAGACGUGCUUCGACUUGGUCUGACACUCUCCGUGUGUCAGACUGGGCGCCGGAGAUUGAGACUUGCGGAUUGAAGAUCGACCGAGCGAGUCAAGCUUGACAAAGGUUGCGCGAACACAACGGUUGUACAACCGUUGAGUCAAGAUUAUCUACGUAUGUACAUUAUACUUUUAGAUCUACCGAUCACAUCAAUCUUCCGAAAGUCGGCCACUUGAUCGCUUCGUCCACUGCACACAGCCGAGGAGAGAGCCAAGAUCGGAGUUAGAAUUCCAAUUUCUAAUUCGUGACACCCAGGCCCGUAUCACUUGAAACUUGCCUUGAAUUUUCAUUUCAGACUUAAUCUCUGUGAGUUGUGUCAGUUGAAUUACAUAUAUAUGACACAUUAUCUGACUUUUUAUCUGUAAUAGCGAUUGAACUGGGAAAAAAUUCAGAUUUAAGUCUGAAUUAAAACUUGAGUAUCUUGCAUGAGACAAGUUUCAAGCGACAAAUAUUGACGAUACAAGCUCUGAUUUCUACUUAGAUCCGUAUUAAUAGUUGUUACUUGAAACUUGUCCCAAAUGAAAUAUUACGUAUUUGAGUUUAGAGUUAAGUGUAAAUUUCUCAAUGAAAUCGCGAGUAUCGCAAGUAUGUCACGUAUUUUACGUGAUUCCGCUGAAGAACUCAAAUUGAAAUUCGGAUCUGUGUAUUUCACGUAAUACAUACUUAAAGUAACUGCUAUCAAUUCGGGUCUUGGUCUGACUGACGCGGGCUUAAAGUGGUGUGUCGAUGUUACAUCACGGUUAUUACGUUCAGUGACAACGAACGGUAAGUUUCAAAACGGUUUUUUUUCUUACGCAAUUUGGGUUACGCAACCGAUAGUCCAAUUACAGAACUUAUUUUUCAAAAAGGAGGUUUCUAAUUGGACUAUAGGUUGCAUUUAAAAUUGCAUAAAAGUGUUCAAACUGUUUUAAAAUUUACCGUACAUACACACACACAUACACCCGGCCGAUUAAAGGUUGCAACAUUUUUUUUUCUCGCGUCCAAUAGGAGAAUUUGUUUCUUAGUAAUUCUCAAGAGAUACAUGUUCCUAUCGAAUACGGGAUGCGUAGCGAAACUCAUGAAAAAAGAUGUUGCAACUUUUAAUCCGCCGACUAUGUAUGUGUGUAUGUGUGUGUGUGUGCAUAAUCAAAACACUUUCGAUUUCGCACUCUUAAAUUUAAAUUAACACAAGCCGUGUUCGGUUUGUUGGGACCUUAUUUUUUAACCAGUUCACAAAGUCCUAUUGCAACAUACGAAUCGCGCGGCUACGCGGUAAGAAGACAUCCGCACAUCCAAUCUCCACCGACAGAGAAGCCACAGAAUGGAGGGUACUUUCUUUUUUUUUUCUUCCUUCUCUUUUGUACAGUUUGUCGCAUGUGUAUGUUAGACUAUAGUUUUCUCUUUUCUUUUAUUUGUAUUUCGACAUAGAUUUUGAAGUCACGAUUACUCGGAUCACCCCUAAGAUCGUCACAAUGAUUACACAACUCAAGUUCCAAAUAUAUUUUAUUCAACAUC